AUAUUCCUCAGAAAAGUUUGCAUAGAUCUCACAUAAACAUGCCAAUAGAAUCAAUCACGGAUCCUACUAUAAGAAUCAAGUCAGCUAAGCUGACUGAUUUCAUCAUGAAAAAUGUAGGAGAGUCAGAUAAUGCGCCGAUUGGAAUCAUAUCUUUAAUCCAAUCUAAGGAAUCUAAAAUGAAGAUUGCAAAUGCUACAUUGAAAUUGGAGGAUCUCAUGUGGCUGAACAAAUAUUUGAAAGAUAAUAGAGAGACUGGAAUGGAGAAAAUUUACCUGCACAAUCUUUUAGAUAUUUCUGACGUGAUACUGCCGUCGCCAGAAGUCACAGCACGGAAUCCAGAGUUGGAAGCUAGAAUGAAAAAGUUAAGAGCGCAAGAAAAUACUAGAAAAUAUCAAGCAAUGACAAAAAAUAUUGAUUCCGUACGGAAGUUCCUGCCCGAGGACAGCAUCGCAUAUCAAAUGAAGCAGCUAAACAAACAACUUAUUGCCGUUGCGCAGUUUAUAUUUUCCGUGAUGGCUGGCUUCGCUUUUGGAUUCAUUGGAGUGGAACUCCUGAUUGGGGACUUAGAUUUUGGAUUUAGGUUACUUUUAGGUAUAAUAUGUGCGCUAAUUAUAGCAUUAGCUGAGUUUUAUUUUCUGGCUCUGAAAUUAAACGAGCUCGAUAAUUUCGAAAUAUCUGUGAAUCUGUUAAAUGUCAAUGUCAAAACAAAGUUGCAUCAGGACUAACGUGCAAAUUUCAUUUGUUCGAUUAUUUUAGUGUAUCUCCAGGGAAAAGAGAUUAUAUAUGAAAAUUUUGUCUUUGGCAAUACAUAAUCAUAUGUAUUAUAUAUAUACAUUAUAUAUAUAUAUAUAUAUAUAUAUAUAUAUAUAUAUAUAUAUAUAUAUAUAUGUGCUGAUAUUGGAAAAAUGCUGUUAUAAAACAAAUACAAUUGAAGUAAAUGCUUAAAUUCUUAGCAACUCGUAAUGUUUAAUUAACGUUCAAUUGAAUGUAACUAUUUCUUUCUUUCUUCAUUCAACAUUUUGUCUGUAUGUAUAUAGACAUGUGUAUUUAUAUAUGAUCAUAGAUAUAUGUGAUUAUACAUGAGCUUUAUAUAUAUAAUCUUUAUGUGAUCAUAUAUAAUCCUAUAUAAUCUUUUUUCUCUCUUUUUGGUUAUAUAAUAAAUAGGACGGAGAACUAACAUUAUCUUGAACACUAAUAAAUAAGUUAUUUGACAUUAUACUAAAUUUAUGUUGUAUAUAACAUAAGAAUGUUAGCAAUUCUACAAAAGACAUUGUUACAAAAGACAUUGUAUCAUUACUAAAAGACAAAAUCAACGACAUAGACCAAGCAUUUUCUCCAGAAAGCAAAGCCAGAAAUUGGCAGUUUGAGACAAAAUAAGAAAGCUAUUUUGCAUCUACUGCUUUCUCAUUCUAUCUUAGAAUGUCUGUCAAGAAUCGCUAUAUUUGUGCUACAGUAAUCAGGUUAAGUGUAUGUUUAUAAAAAAAUAUGUAAAAGGAAAAAAAGGAAAAAAAAAUAUAUGAAAGAAAUAUAAAAAUAUAGAUAAAAAGUUUUAUUAACCCAAGUUUGCUAUAUUUGAGUCCUUGGUUUGCAAUAUUCCACUUUGUAAGACUGUUAGACUUUUUUAUUUAUUAUUUUUAUUUUAAUUAAUGUUUUUAAGCUCAUAGUAUAGGAAUAAGUUUUAUAAAAAUACUAUAUCACAUUAUAUUAACUAAACUAUUAUAAUACAUAAUCUCUGUUUUGUGCCUAUAAAAUUGAAUUUCAUCCAAUUUGUGUCAUAAAUGUAUGCCACAAAUGCAACAAAAAACCAUUAUUGUUUUAACAAUUUUAUUAUUCGUAUCUUUUCUUUCACUGUUUACAGCUAAAGGUAGGUUAGGUACCUAUGUUUGCUGUCAUAUAAGCUGAGUGAGAAGAAAGCAGUAAACACAAAUCAACUUUCUUUUUUAGUCACAAACUGCCAAUUUCCAGCUUCACUCGCCACUAUAAUAAAAAUAUACGAAUGCUUGGUUUAUAUGUAGGUAUAUAUAUUGUUAAACAAGAUAUAUUAAGACAACAGCUGUUCAUUCCUAUUUUAACCAUAGUUUUGUUCAUGUUGCUUGUACUUUUGAUACUUUUACAUCUGUUGUACAUUGGAUUUCUUUUUAAAAAGAAGAGCUCUUAU